AUGAUUGAUUGUAAGCCAAUGCGCACACCACUUGAAGCUAUGGCCAAGAUGAUGUCCAAUAAUACUCCCCUUGAUGAUCCAUGUUACUUUUGUGGGCUUGUUGGUGCUCUACAAUACCUCACUCUUAUUCACUUCGAUAUUUCGUAUAGUGGUAAUCAUGUGUCUCAAUUUGUGCAUUCUUUUACUAUUGUGCAUUCAAAAAUGAUUAGGCAGGUUGUCCUACCACUCGGCACUCUACCACUGACUAUUGUAUCUUUCUUGGCAGAAAUCCUAUCUCAUGGAGUGCAAAGAAACAACCAACAGUUUCUCACUCCAAGACUGAAGCUAAAUAUGAGGCCAUGGAAAACAUUGUAG